AAAAUAAAGUGCAUGUGUCGAUAGCUGCAGAUAGCAUUGUUCUUGGUGUAUUUGACCAUAGCAAACUAUUAGUCACAGCAGAAGGCUCACGCGGUGCUGGAUGAGUAAAUACCAGGUCGGUGCACGUGUGGUCAGUGUGCACGGGGGUCACAUGCUGUUGCCUGGCAACAUGAAAAAUUGAGCCGGACUUCUGACCCGGAUGAGUUCCGCAUUGGUUGAGAAACGGUUGAGAAGCGGAAUAAUAAAACAAAAGGGAAGUCCGAGAGGAACCGGCGCGGGCAGUUUUGCUGGUUUAGUCGUAGUUCCGCGCAUGCGCUGAAUAUCUUGAAUAACAGGUCCACAUGCAGGGGGCAGCUCUCGAUAGUUUGACACGUGUCUUAAAUGUGUCCUGACAAAGCGGCAUUUCAGCGGGAUAGUCAGUUGUUUGCUUUGAACGUGUCCUCACACCACCAGCUCAGUCUUGUGUGGACGAGAGCAGGUUUAAGGAGCACAUGCUCAAUGUGGGGCAGCAGACGCCCCCGUAUCGACUGAACUGCCCUCUGGAGCCCCGCAGCCCCCUGCAGCCCGAGCUCACCUGGCAGAAGGACUGUCAGCAGCUCCCUGCUCAGGUAGGGAAGGGAUACCUGGAGUUUGCCAACCUCACCUUGCAAGAUCAAGGAAAUUACACCUGUACGCAACAGAGCAACAGCACAGCCUCAUUCACUGUGCGUCUCAUAGUCAAAGACUCCCAGUGCUCCAAAGUCCCAACAUUUGAACUUACUGGGGUCCUGAAAGGACUCCAGACAAGUGCGGAACACACCGUGACAUUAAACUGUACUGCUCAACUCCAAUGGGACCCGACAGAAGAGCCCUGUGACACCACACUGCAGUGGAGUAAAGAGGGCCAACCCCUGACCAAUCACACACCUCACAUUCAGAAUACAUCUUCAUGGUCUCCUGUUGCUGGCCAGCUGAUGGUCACCAGUCUUCUGGUGGUCAACCUUAAAGAGCUAGAUGCCUUUGGGCUCUACAGCUGCACAGUGAGGAACAUUUCCGCUGACUUCAGCCUGCCGUACUCAAACACGGUUGUGUGCUCGGUUGGCCCCAACCACACAUCUGCUGUCAUUGCAGCCGUCGUUCUCCUCCUGCUCCUGACUGUAGCUGCUGCUGUGUACUCCCGGUGUCACUUGAACAUCAAACUGUGGUACAGGAAUUCCUACGGCCCCUACGAUCUAAAUGAUGGCAAAUUAUAUGACGCCUAUAUCUCUUAUGUGAACAAUGACCACGACAGGAAGUUUGUCAACUUUAUUCUCAAACCUCACCUGGAGAACAAAAAUGCGCUCAAGGUGCAUCUCACUGACAAUGAUAUUCUACCAGGCUCGGAACCUUCUGCAGAGCUGCUAAUGAACAUUAGUCGCUCGCGGCGUUUGAUCGUGUUGCUCUCUCAUGCUUACCUCGAGCAGGACUGGUGCUCCAAUAACUUCAGGCAGGGCCUUCUGCAACUGUUGGAGUUGUGUCAGAGGCCCAUCCUCAUCAUGUUGGAGGGUCAGUCCAAACGCAUGAGGCCUGAGAUCAAGCAACUGCUCAGUGAGCACCAGCACCGCCUCACCAUACUCACCUGGAGGCACAACUCGGUGACUCCUUCCUCCGUCUUCUGGAAGGAGCUGGCCUUAGCGAUGCCCCGCAGAGUCGUCUUCCACAGUGAGUCUGCAGGCGACCCUCAGACUCUGCUACAAGAUGACAGGGACCCCAUGCUGACCCUGGACUCCGAGUACCUUGACUGCCGCUCAGACACAGACCCUGCUGGAGAUCUGGGGCUGCGCCUCCCUGUGUACAAGGCUCUGGCCUUUAAAGCUCCUGUCCUCCCUGCUGCUCCCAUCCAGGCAGCUGAGCCCAAGUCCUCCGACAUCGACGUGUCGGACCUCGGAUCACGCAACUAUGGAGCCCGCACAGACUUUUACUGCCUGGUCACUGAGGACAUGUGACUCACACCCCCCCACUGCUACUGGUCUCCAUGCCUACAUGCCAUUGCUUUAUAGUUAUCUAGUAAAUGUGUUUUUCUUUUGUGUACAGUGUGUUGUUAAAAUCAAAGUGUUACCUAUUUUUAUUUCCACUUACUUGUAAAGAAAAUUAUUCUUAUUGUUUUUCGGUAUUUUUUGCUGUUUCGUAGAAUAUUUUAAGACAAAUUAUUGUGUUAAUCAGGAAAAUAAGUAACUCUCGACUUGCAUUUCACUGGUAGCAUUCUUAUAAACUGAUGUCAGAUAAGAUGAAAUAAUUCUUCUUUUUUAACAGAUUUUGCACAAGUGCAUUUCAGGAAAUAAAUGUGACGGAAAUAACAUAGCAAACACACCAAUAAAGCAAUUUGACAAAAUA